UCGUCCGAGCAGAUAAACAUCGACAGACAGGCGAGUGCAACUGAUGAUUGCUUCCAUUACAUAUUUCCACAUGCUAUCAUUUAGGAUGUCAUUUCUACUGAAUGUCUGGAACGCUGCCCAGGCCCGAGGUACAAUCUUCCUAUCAACGACGCAGACGAGGUACAAUACUGCUAAGUUUAAAAGGCCUCUGGACAACAGGUGUAACUUGCCAACUUCCCCUACAUCCGAACAUGGCAGAUGAACAGAAGGAACUCGCAACCAACGUAGCCGACCAUGGUCUUACUGGCCAGCUUCCCUCAUCAAACGAAACCACGGAGGGACUCGGAGUCACGCAAGACUGCUCUUGCUACAUCACGCUCCACAAUGGGACCGACCACGAGCUUGUGCUCGUCUACGCUCAAGAGAAACACGGUGAAUGGAAGACCCGCCCUGCGGAAACCGUGAGCCAGAAGAGCAAUAUCAAGUUUUGGCUCAAAGACUUAUUCCGUUCGUUCUCCAACUGGCAUCUCCAUGCUGAGCUGCUCACGUUUGUUAUUCCAGUUGGUCCUGGAGCAGAGGGUAUGGUGAAGUACCGAAUCGGAAGUACCGAGCACAAGGUGCAGAUGAACUUCAGCUGUCCUAUGUCUUCUCCCAACUCGGCGUCCUGGAGUCAAGGAGAACAUGAGAUUCCAGGCAUCUGGCUGCCCUGUCCGGAAUACAAUAAAUCAGAUGCGUUGCAUGGUAAGGGUGAUCCUAUUUCGAGUUCUUGUGAAAUGAUACUUAUUCACUGUGUAGCCGUGUUUGAAGUACAACCUGGGAAUUAAGGCGUCGGGGCGGGGAGACGUACUAGACCCC